GGCUGUCUGAAAGCAGAAUGCGCAUUUUAUCGUUUAUCGAGUCUGCGCUCGGUAGUGUUAUGUAGUGUAGUGUAUUCCUGCGACCAAAAUAAAGCUUUUAAAAGCAGCUUUCUUAAACUAGUAAAUUUCUCUGAUAAAAGAUUUUAUCGAAACGCGUUUAUAACGAGUGCGUUAAACUACGGUUUGAAAUCAAAAUUGAAUUGAUUUGUGAUUGUGCUUACCGCUUAACGGCGGUGGUAAUGUAAAACCACUAUUUUCAUUCAAAACUUUUUCUCGAAGCGUUUCCUCAAGAACACAACGCUGGCUACUGAAAUUAGAUACAGAAUUGGAAUGAGACUGAUUUUAAAGAAAUUUAUUAUCCAUACAUCGUCCGACCACUUUUCAGAAAAUCCUUCGUAUAUUUUAUCUCUCUAGUUUCUUAUUUUCUUUGCAUUUUCAAUAUUCCGUUCGUUUUAUCGUUCCUGACAUAGUUCAAUAAUGUUAUAACAUAUAUAAUUGAAAAGGCUGUAUACAGUGUGUAUGAAUUACAACUGUUGUUGUCACACCGAAAGUAGUGAUAGAAUUUGCGUUUCUUCCAGUCUAAAGUGUUCUUUUUCCGAUAUUGUCAGCAAGCAACCUAUUAAGAUGGAAUCCAAAAGAUUUACUGAAAAGGAUGGAGAUAUCGACACAAAAGGUGCCCAAUCGGCCACAGCUCCUCGUAGGGGCUUCCCCAACCAGUUCAACCCUCUACUGGUGGCCAUGGUAGGCCUACCGGGUAGAGGAAAAUCGCUUCUUGCCAAGAGACUAACCAGAUACUUGAAUUAUACAGGAGACACUUGUGCAGUCUAUGACAUAUCCGAAUACCGUCGUAAACACAUGAAGAAAUACGCCUCCCAUGAAAUGUUCCGCGCCGACAACCUUCCUGCCUGGCGCAUACGUCAGCAGAGCUUUAGAGAAGCUCUGGAGGAGGCCUGCGAUUGGCUGGACGAGUCGGGACACCACGUGGCCAUUUUGGACGGGCCCAACGUGUCCCGCUCACAGAGGCAGGAAAUCUACGAUUUGGCCCACGGCCAGCGCGGGUUCAGAGUGAUGUUCAUAGAAUGCGUUUGUGAGGAUCCUGUACUGCUAGAAAGAAAUUUCAAGGAAAUCCUACAAUAUGGCGCUGAUUACCAUGACAUGGCUACAGAACAAGCCCUAAAAGAUCUUACGUUCAAGAUGGCCCAUUACAAAGCCCAGUACGAGUCUCCGACGUUGGGCAGCUUGUGGGAGUUGCCCUGUCCCAUGGUGAAGUUACUGGACGGGGGUGAUGGUGGAGUAAUUGCUCAUGGAGUCACCGGAAUCAAGGAAAGCAAAAUUUUGGCUUACGUCUCCACUCCCAAACCCUAUCAACAAACUUUAUACUUCAGCAGACAUGGCGAAAGCGAGUUCAACGUUAUCGGACGCAUAGGCGGCGACGCUCCGUUGUCGCCGAGGGGUCGCAUGUACUCCAAGUCGCUGGCCAAGCACAUCCACGCCUUGAACUUACCAGGCCUCCAGGUCUGGACGUCCACCCUUCAACGCACCAAGGCCACCAGCGCCCACAUCAACGCGCCCAAACAGGCGCUGCACGAACUGGACGAGAUCUGGUCGGGCGACUGUGAGAGUCUCUCCUACGAAGAACUGCAAGAAAGGUUUCCAAAGGAACUCGCUUUGAGAGAUAGGGAGAAGCUGAAGUACCGUUAUCCGCAAGGGGAAUCGUACGUGGACGUCAUGCAGCGAUUGGUACCCGUUCUUACGCAGCUGGAAUGCGAAACAAACGUAUUGACUGUCUCCCAUCAGGCAGUGCUCCGAUGCGUGCUGGCUUAUUUUAUGGAGACCCCAGUGGACGAGAUUCCAUACGUCCACGUGCCGUUGCACACUAUUAUUAAAAUUACUCUUCAAGGAUUUAACUACAACAUGGAAACCAUCAAGAUGCCCAUCGAAUGCGUUAACACCACAAGAGCUAAACCCAUCAAUUGCUCCGAAGAUCGAACCACCGAAGAAGCUCUUCUAACUUUGCCAGCCCAUUUUGACUCAGUCACCAGCCUCAAUAACAGCCUGACACCAUGCACUUAGCAUUAUCCAGCUUGGUAAAUCUACCAAUAGUCCAGCUACAAUGGCUAGUGUAUAAACAGGAGUUUGGUAGAAGAGUGCUCGAUUGGAUUAAAGGGGAGUUAAUUUUCUAAUUCUCCCCUAGAUGGAAUGAUGAUGCUAGAUCAAGUAUUGUAGCUGGAUUUACGAUACCGCGAAUUAGAGAAGUUAGAACGAAUACUCUAUGUAAUUGCUCAGCUCAAUGAUUUAGUGUUCUGCAUGCGUAUAUCGGAUUUUUUUUUCGAAUAUAUUUUGUCUUGUUUCAUAGAAAUAUUUACUUUGAGAUAAUUAAGUAGUAUAUUGUUUUGCUAUAUUUUAAUGGCCUAAAAAUUAGUACUUAGAAUUUUAAAAAUAGCAGUUUACUAGUUGGGUUACUUUAUUAUUCAUUAAAACUUUUAGAAUUUGAUGGAAUUAUGAAUAAAUUUGUUUAUUGAAUUAUAAUAAUAUCAGACAGAAAAAUGUUAGAUUCAAAUUGUACUUAUUAGUGAUGUGCAGCUACGUUUGGGUAUUUUGUAUUUGUAAAUAGGAUAUUUGAGGUAUUUCUUUAGUGAUUUCAGGGAAUGACGGUUGCAGUUUUGACUACCAAAGAUUAUUUAAUAUUGUAACUUACGACAAAAUAUUUGACAAACUUCAUGUUAUUCUGUUGAAAACUCUACCGAAUGUUUUUUUUUUCUGAAAAUCUUGCCAUAUGACGUUGAUUUUUUAUUUGAUUGACUGAAUCAAGUCAGAGAUUUCUCUAGAUAUUGUUGAAACGUUAUACAUACGACAAAUGAUCACUAAAGAAAAAUCUGUCAUAGAUAAAUAUUUUUUCUACUAAUAUUGUUUCCAAAAUACUUCCAAGUAAACAACUUAACAAAAUAUUGGAUUACUUCUGUUGGAUAGAUCAUUUUCUGCACAUCACUAGUAUUUUUUUUAAUUGUGCCAUAAGACAAGCUAAAAAUAAUAAUAUUUUAAAACUAAUAAUGUAUGGAUAUAGAGGUUAGGGAGGUACAAAAUGUUAUGAUUGGAUAUAAUUACAGGUAAAAAAAAAUAUUUCUUUUGAUAAUAUUUAUAUAGAAAUAUAUAACUGAAUUUCUGAAAAUACGAAACAUAAAGAAAAUAAUGCAUACUUUUAAUUUGUACUUCUCGCACCUAUUAAACUGACAAAUUUAUUUUAAAAAUUAGAAGACUAUUUUUAAUGUUGCCAUAAUUAUUUACUCUGUAUAUUUCUCGCUCACCUUCUUUACUAUUCCUUGGAAAUUUUCUUUUUAUAUGAUAUAUUUAUAUUUUUACUCAACUUCAAUUUUUAGUUAAAAAUUGGUUUUAUUAUUUUUUUUUCUAAUAUAUACUAUACUUUCUAAGGGUUUUGUUAAUAACAAACAUAAUAAAAUGUUUACUUCAACCAGACAAAAUUUAUAAAAGGUACUGGUUAAAGGAAACAUUAUAGAGUUGCUUUAGACUUUUAAGGCAAAGAAAAGCACAAGAAACCCAUUUAAGCAUAGGGCCAGACUGAGGAAAAGAUUUAAUGUUACUUUCUAAUAGAGCUAGUCAACCUAAAAUUAAAAAAAAAUUGGACCUUAUGUUUUGAAAUUUCUUAUUUUUUCUUAUUUUUCAAAAUAUGGGGACAAAGUAAUAAAAGUAAUUAAUUUAUUUUGGAUUAUUAGGUUGUGCAAACAUCCAACGUCAAUUCUUGUGCUUCUAAAUACAGCCAUAUAAGGAAGGUAUAAUGUUCAUUAGUUAGUUCAUAGCUAUAAUGAUAAUAUUUUAAGAGACUAAUAUUAAAGUUAUAGUUAAUUAUAGGUAAAAAGUUUCUUUUUGCCCCUUAUAGGCUGAUUUAUUUCAAUACUGCAAUUGAACUGUAAUUGUAUCACCAUCUUUGAUUAAUGUUAUAUAUAUAUCAAAGGUGUUAUCAAAUUAAGAUUGCAUGAUGUUUCUGAGUUCUGACUUCAGAGGUUUUCAAAAUAUAUGUACGCUGCGUGCAAUAAUCAAUUUUGGGUUGUUUAAAUGAAAAUAAUAAAGAAAAGGAACCUUUUAGUGGAUGGAUGGAACUGUUUUCUUACUGGAAGAUUUCUUCCAGUCACAAAGCAAUAAUACGUUGGUAUUUUGAAAACUAUUAUACUAAGGUAGAAUUAACUGUGAUUAUUAUAUUUCUAUAUAGCAUUUUUUUAUUUUCUUAUAGUUGAUUAAGCUGACUUUUUCUUGUCGUAGGAAAUACUAGGAGUGUUUCCUAAGUAGUUCUGUUUUAAGAAUUAGACAGGAAUAAAAUGAGAAUAGAAAAAA